UUAAAAAUGAAAGAAACAUGUACAAUAACUCGGCGAUAUCGCGCACGCAUCGCGUGCAAACAAUACUUGUAGUGAAUAAUGUCAAGAUAGGCUAGUUUGCAAGUGAAGGUGUACGUUAUGAGUUCGUGACAGAAGAAGAGACGACAGAACCUGCUUUGCUUUUGGAAGGUUUGGUUAGGACUUAGGAGCAUAUACGGGGCUACGCCCAUGGAAGCCAAUGAAACCUUCAAAUCCUGGUGCGAGGCUUGCUAAUCUUUUGAGCAAGAGAGAGAAACUUCAAGAUGAACUUCGGAAUAUCGAAAAACAGGUGUUUGAAUUGGAGACUACUUAUUUGCAAGAUUCGAACCAAUUUGGACAUGUUUUGAAAGGUUUUGAAGGAUUCUUAGGUUCAUCGAAAUCCGCAUCAAAGUUGAAGAGCACACAGGUGGACGUGACGAAACUGGUUCUGGGCGAUCGAAGGGGGGAGGCUUACCUACAAAUGGACAGGGAAAACCAAAGAAAGCAAGGUUGAUGUCAUAAAGCAGAAAAGGAUGCAGGUUGUUAGAUGCACAGUUUGUAAUAUGAAGAUGACGCAGUACCAAAGUUAACUCAAGUUGCCUUCCAUGUGACCUUGCUUUGACCUCCAAAGUAAGUAUUCUUUUGUGUAGUUUGUAGUCAAGUGGAGAGGUAUGUCUACAUGGCAUAAAUAUAUGUGUAAUAGUCAUGCUGUUGGCAUUCUGUUGUAACAUUAUCAAUUUGUAAUGAGAAAGCUAUCCCUUGUUUCAUCAAGCAAUGAAAUCUGUUUUUGCUUCUUUGUUUUUUCAUUCAUAUCUAGGUCUUCUUCAGUUUGUUAUUGAGUACUCCCUCCGUUUCACAAAAAUUUACACACUUGUACUUUACACACUUGCUGUUGUAAUUUAUAAAGCUUUGAGCAUCAAUAUAUCUAAUUUUGCAUGUGUAAAAAUUAUAAAAAGUUGAUAUUUUGAAAAUAAAUAUUGAGAUGAAUCAAAUAAGAUUUCACAUGACAAGCACAUAUGAUGGUGAAAGUGGUGAAGAUGAAUAGUGUCAAAUUACAAAGUGUAACUAUAUUUUUGAAACGGAAGGAUCAAUAUAUUGAUCUUGACUGCCCUGCAGAAACUAAAAAGUGCUAAUGCAGAAUAUGUGAAGGACAUUGGUUGAAAAGGGUCAUUUCAGUAAUCAAUGAUUCAGUAUACUAUAGCAUUCCUACGAGGCUCCUUGGUCUCUCAUUUGUGUGCCCCCCCUCCCAAAAAGAACAAUGAAAUUAGAGAUAAAGCAAAAUGUAACAGAUUCAAGGGGUGCAACACAGCCUUCACUGAGAUUCACUUAUGCAAGGCGUAAGAAGAGGGGUAAUAUGGGAAAUCAGACCUAGUCAGCAGUAAGGAGAAUGUGGGCAAAUAAUUCCGUUAUUUUGAGAGAAGGAAUGAUGACAGCCUGCACCUAGGACGUGGGUAGCACACCAAAGAAGAGAGAGAAUGUUGCAGAGAGAUUGUACAACUUAGCACUAUAAAUACCUAGUAUGUUUGUAGAGUAAGGUAUCGAGAAUUUUAUUUACCUUUCAGUGUUGUAGGAGUGUGGAAGUCACUCGAAAACUUUCCCCUAUCUCAGUUGAGCAUUAAUACAAUCUCUCAGUUCUCUCCAUUUUUGCCCUAGCUUUUCCAUUGUUUACAUUGUUUGCUGUUGAGUUGUUGGUUCUACUACAGUGGUAUCAGAGCAAACAAGAUCCAUGGCCCCUACCGCAACCCAGAGAGUGGAACAACUAGAGGAGCAGUACGCCACCAUUCGAAAUACCAUUACAGAGGAGGUCAGUGCGGCGGUGAGUGUCGUGGCUGAAAAGAUGCAGCAAUCCUUGUCGGAACAGCUGGCCGUUAGUUUGGAGCAGAUUACCCAGAAGUUUGGGGAAGAUUUGAGCAGCCUCUCGAUGAGGUUGGAGAAUAGAAUCACUCGUUCUCGUGAAAAUCACACCGCGAUGAUUUCCACAGUCCAGGAAGGACAACUUAAGUUCCACCAAGAAAUCCAAGCCUACAUUAAAGAAAUUAAGGGUUCGUUGCUUUCCGGUGAUAGAGAAAGACAACCGGAGGAGGAGCUUAGCCCCCAGGGACUAGAAGCUUCGAGGAACCAGGGGUCCGGGGGAGUUCGCCAUGGAAACAGAUCUCAGUCGGGAGGGCCGAACGCGCUGAUUGGAGGGGUUUUUGAUUCCGGCGGAGGAUUUCAAAACCGGGUCGGAGGAAAUUGAAAGUAUCGCAAGCUGGACAUGCCACUAUUUGACGGUGGCAACCCAGAUGGGUGGGUAUUAAGAGCGGAGCGUUAUUUCGAGUUUUAUGGGUUAGAUGAGGAAGAAAAGGUGAGUGCAGCGGUGGUAGGCAUGGACGGAGAUGCUCUCCUCUGGUUUCAAUGGGAACACCGGCGGAAACCGAUCAGGAGGUGGGAGGAGUUAAAGGCGUUGAUGUUGCGCCACUUUCGCCCAACAAAUUCUGGCUCGUUAUACGAGCAAUGGCUGGCUGGUAAGCAGGUAACCACGGUGGUGGAGUACCGGAGAAAUUUUAUUGAGCUAGCGUCGCCGUUAGCGAACAUCCCAGAGGAUAUUGCCUUAGGUACGUUCAUUAAUGGGCUCAAGGAGGAGAUUAAGAAUGAGCUAAGGGUUUUAAAUCCCAGUGGACUGGAUCAGGCCAUGGACUUAGCAGGUCGUAUUGAGGAGAAACUCAAGAGUGGAAAAGGGAAGGCCACCUGGGCAACCCGUUCAGCAGAAACCUCCAAAGUAACCUUACACCCACACCCACUUAUAAGGCCCAAACCAACUAUUACAAAGCACCCACAGAAAAUAGAGGCCCAAUUUUUUCCAGUCCACAAAACAGCCCUAAUACCUUGACCAAAUUUAAUACACCUAGCCCAGCAUAUCCCAACCCACAAAACAACCCACCCCAGAACACCCAGGUGCGACGCUUAACCGACAAAGAGCUUCAACACAAGAGAGAGAGAGGACUCUGUUUCAGGUGUGAUGACAAGUGGUCGGUGGGCCAUCAUUGUCGGCGGAGGGAGUUGAGUGUGCUGGUGGCGAACGAGGAGGAUGAGGAGUCGCCAGAAGAUCGGGAAGUGGAGGACGACGGUGCGGAUGAGGUAAGUGAAGAAAUCUCGCCGGAAAUCUCAUUGAAUUCAGUUGUGGGACUCACUAACCCAAAAACCAUGAAAAUGAGGGGGAUUAUAAAGGGGGAAGAGAUCGUGGUCAUGAUAGACCCGGGGGCGACGCAUAAUUUUGUGUCGUUAGACACCAUAGCUCGACUGGAAUUACCGGUAGAACAGACUAAGGGGUUUGGGGUAUCACUGGGAAACGGCAAGGCAGUGCAGGGUGCCGGCGAAUGCAAGGGAUUAAGGGUGGAAAUACAGGGGUUGCAGGUGUGUGAUGAUUUCCUUCCCCUCAAGCUGGGAAAUUCAGAUUUAAUUCUUGGAGUGCAGUGGCUUGAGCGUUUGGGAACCAUCACUACAAAUUGGAAGCAGCAAGUUAUGAAGUUCAAGAUGGGGGACAAGGUGGUGACAUUAAAGGGGGAACCGUCCUUGGAGCGAAGUAAGGUUUCACUUAAGGCCAUGUUUCGGGUAUUAAGGAAAGAAGGCAGGGGAAUUUGGGUGGAGUUGAACCUCCUUCAGGGGGAGGAACCACCAGGAGCAGCAGUGCAAGCCCCACCUUUUUUACAUUCGACAGUAACUAAAUACCACCACAUCUUCAACAUGCCAGAGGGGUUGCCACCAGUGCGUAACAGAGAGCAUUCCAUACUGUUGAAGCAGGGGCAAGACCCAAUUUCAGUGAGACCUUACCGAUAUCCGCAAAACCAGAAAGAUGAGAUCGAGCGCUUGGUCAGAGAUAUGCUGCAGGCAGGGAUUAUAAGGCCUUCCAUCAGUCCUUUUUCAAGCCCAGUUCUGUUAGUGAAGAAAAAGGACGGCUCUUGGAGGUUUUGUGUGGAUUAUAGGGCCCUCAAUCGAGCAACGGUUCCCGACAAGUACCCUAUCCCGGUGAUCGAUGAGUUAUUGGAUGAGCUACAUGGGUCGAGAGUAUUCUCAAAAUUGGACCUCAAAUCCGGCUAUCAUCAAAUCCGCAUCAAGGAAGGUGACAUCUCCAAAACGGCUUUCCGCACACACGAGGGCCACUAUGAGUUCUUGGUUAUGCCAUUUGGGCUAACCAACGCCCCCGCUACCUUCCAAUCGUUGAUGAAUGAGGUAUUUAAACCCUUCUUGCGUAAAUUUGUGUUAGUUUUCUUUGAUGAUAUCCUUGUAUAUAGUAGGGAUGAGGAAACCCACUGUGAACAUGUGGAGUUGGUACUAAAAACCUUAGCUGCUCAUGAGCUUUAUGCCAAUGGGGGAAAGUGUGAAUUCGGCAAGGCAAGGGUGGCCUACCUUGGGCAUGUUAUUUCGGCGGAAGGGGUGGCUAUGGACUGGGAGAAAGUGCAGGCCAUGUUAGAUUGGGCCGUUCCUAAGAACUUACGGGAACUCAGGGGGUUCCUUGGGUUAACCGGCUACUACCGUAAGUUUGUUGCAAACUACGCUAGAAUAGCGCUACCUCUAACGGCUCAGUUGAAGAAGGAUAGUUUUCAGUGGGGAUCUGAGGCUGACAUUGCUUUCGUUGCACUAAAGAAAGCCAUGACUUCGGCUCCGGUUUUAGCAAUGCCAAAUUUCCAGCAGACUUUUGUAUUGGAAACCGACGCUUCGGGGCAUGGAUUAGGGGCGGUGCUACUCCAAAACCAGCACCCUAUCACCUUCUUCAGUCACACUUUGGGGGUGAGGGCUCGCCUCAAGUCAAUUUACGAGAAGGAAUUAAUGGCAAUUGUCUUAGCGGUUCAGAAGUGGCGCCAUUAUCUUAUGGGCAGAAGGUUCAUUAUUCGCACCGACCAAAGGAGUCUCAAGUUCUUGAUGGAGCAACGGGUAGUCGGGGUGGAGUAUCAAAAAUGGUUGAGCAAGCUGAUGGGGUUUGAAUUUGAAAUCCAAUACAACCCAGGAGCUUCCAAUAGGGUGGCGGAUGCGCUCUCACGGAAGUCUAUGGGGGAGCUGAAUAAUGUAGAAAGUAUCUGUGGAAUUUCAUGGGAUGAGGUGCAGGCUAGUGUUCAGAGUAACCCGUUUAUUCAACGCAUUACGAAGGAAAUCGAAACAGGGGAGCAGACACAUCAUGGGUUCACCAUUGUUGGUGGCAGGUUGCUGUACAAAGGGAGGCUUAUGGUUCCGGCAAAUUCGACUCUCUCUCGAACUCUCUUGAGGGAGUACCAUGAUUCGCCACUAGGAGGGCAUGCAGGAGAACUGAAAACUUACUUAAGGUUAGCCACGGAAUGGUUUUGGGUAGGCAUGAGGAAGGAAGUGGCACGCUAUGUGCAGGCCUGCACAACCUGCCAACAGCAAAAGGCCCUCAACAUCAGCCCGGCAGGCCUUCUCCAACCCUUACCAAUUCCGGUCCUAGUGUGGGAUGAGUUGACUAUGGAUUUUAUUGAAGGAUUACCGCGGUCACAAGGUCUAGAUUGUGUGCUAGUGGUCGUUGACCGCCUUACUAAGUAUGCCCAUUUUAUUGGCCUCAAGCACCCUUACACUGCUCAAGGCGUGGUAGCCUUAUUCAUCAAGGAAGUGGUGCGCCUACAUGGUUUCCCAAGCUCCAUUGUUUCCGACCGUGACAAAGUAUUCAUGAGCAUCUUCUGGAUCGAACUUUUUCGGCUUCAGGGCACGCAGCUAAACCGGUCCACGGCGUACCAUCCCCAGUCCGACGGACAGUCCGAGGUGGUUAACAAGAGCCUUGAAACGUACCUUCGUUGUUACAUUAAUGGGCAGCCUAAGCAAUGGGCUAAGUGGCUGGCAUGGGCUGAAUUUUCUUACAACACCUCACCCCAUCUGUCCACUUCCAUCUCUCCCUUCAAAGCACUUUAUGGAAGGGACCCUCCUCCUCUCAUUAGGGUGGGGAAAGGACAGACGCCGGUGGAUUCUCUGGAAACGGAAUUACAGUUGAGAGAGGUGAUGCUAGAUGAACUAAGGAUGAACUUAAUUAGAGCUCAGCAGAGGCAGAAGAAGGGGGCUGAUAUGCGGCGUUCAGAGGAACACUUUGAGGUGGGGGAUUGGGUCCUCCUUAGACUCCAACCAUACCGCCAGCAAUCCUUAGCCAAGCGUGCUUGUGAGAAGCUAUCCCCACGUUUCUAUGGACCCUAUAAGAUUGAAGGCAAGGUGGGCAAGGUUGCGUACAGGCUUUCUCUUCCGGACACGGCCCGAAUUCAUCCGGUGUUCCACGUCUCACAGCUCAAACGCAUCAAAGAACCACUUCCCCCCCCAGUCCAUAUACCACCUGAGCUCACUUCUGAGUUAGAAUUACAAGUGGAGCCUGCAGAGCUGCUGGGGGUCAGGGGCACCUCGCCAGUGGAAGUUCUGAUUCAAUGGAAGAAUCUGCCAAGAGAAGAAGCUACGUGGGAAGAGUAUGAGGCAGUCCAGCUCCGUUUUCCUUCCUUUCACCUUGAGGACAAGGUGAGUCUGUGGGCCGCGGGUAAUGUAACAGAUUCAAGGGGUGCAGCACAGCCUUCACUGAGAUUCACUUAUGCAAGGCGUAAGAAGAGGGGUAAUAUGGGAAAUCAGACCUAGUCAGCAGUAAGGAGAAUGUGGGCAAAUAAUUCCGUUAUUUUGAGAGAAGGAAUGAUGACAGCCUGCACCUAGGACGUGGGUAGCACACCAAAGAAGAGAGAGAAUGUUGCAGAGAGAUUGUACAACUUAGCACUAUAAAUACCUAGUAUGUUUGUAGAGUAAGGUAUCGAGAAUUUUAUUUACCUUUCAGUGUUGUAGGAGUGUGGAAGUCACUCGAAAACUUUCCCCUAUCUCAGUUGAGCAUUAAUACAAUCUCUCAGUUCUCUCCA